CACAAUGUCAUUAUUUAUAGUUUAUUGUACCACAGGUCUUUUAUUUGGAAACUAUUAUUUAAAAUGUUUAAAUUAUGUACAGAGUGUUGGCUAUACUCAGCUUAGUGAAUAUAUUCAUGCCGCUGACAGUGUCCAAAUAUAUGAAUAACGAAAAUCCAGUAACGUCUACAAGUAAAAAUAAAGAUAUCGUGUUUCGAGUUGUUAACGGAGUAGCUGCAAACUUAGGCGAGAUCCCUUACCAGGUAUCGCUGAAAGCCCCGAGUAAGAAAAAGAAAAAGAAAAAUAAAAAAGCGCGAUAUUACAGCUUUUGCGGCGGUUCUGUGAUCGCGGAAAACAAGGUUCUGACAGCGGCGCAUUGUCUUACAGAAGAAGGAAAUGCGUGCCAAACUUUAUGUAAACAAUAUAAUAUGAAAAGCUUAACGAAGUUGUAUGUUGUGGCGGGGACCCUAAGGAACAAAGCAGAAUUCCAAAAAGACAAGGAAGGUACUGAGCAGUGGAGAAGGAUGACACGUGUUGCUAUACAGAAUGGUUACUGGUUUCCUAAAAACGACAUAUGCAUAGCAUUUACAAAGACUCUAUUUCGAUUCAACGAAUAUGUAAAGCCUCUGCCCCUUGCCUCGCGUAAAAUGGAAUACGGUUCUAUGGAGUGCCUUGCAUCAGGCUGGGGAAAAAUAAAUGAAACAAAAGCUUCAGACAUAUUAUUGUGGGCUAAUCUACGGCUGAUACCUGGUUACCAGUGUUCACGCAUGCAUAAAAGAAACAUGCGCCACUUCAUAUGCACUGCGUCUAACGCAACGAAUGUGCUAAAGGGUGAUUCAGGAGGACCACUGGUAUGCAAAGGUACUGAUGACCCAAACGACAAAGGCGAGGGAGUAAUCGCCGGGGUGGUGAGCGGUGCCCGGGUCUCGUCCGAGCGCAAACCCUUCUUCACAAGGGUCACCAGCCACCUGGAAUUCCUUAAAAAUGAAGCAACGAUAACCACGCCUGUGUUUUGUAAUGUUUUAUUGACGCAAAUUAUAUUGAACUUUAAUUGACAUU